UGUUGUUUCCGCUCGUCUCUCGCCGUCCGGUGUAAACGGAGCCCCUGGUCCCGGAGCGCGAGCGCGAGCGCCCGACACUCCCAUGUAGUUUUUAGUCGUGGCUGAUAAGGAAUGGAGGUGGUGGACAGUCCUGUUAACCUCGCUCAUCAGCAGUGCAGGAAAGCAGACCGUUUGCUGGCUUCUGGCAGAUAUGAAGAAGCCAUCACUUGCCAUAGGAAAGCUGCAGAACUUCUGAAGGAAGCCAUGAAACUCACGGAGUGUGAGCAGGCUCGCCUGUCCCUGGAGCUCCAGUGGGACAGUCACUUGAAGCAGCAACAGUUGAUCGAGGAGCGGUGGAAAUGGAGCAGGCGAGAGGGCAAGCCCCGACAGCGGCAAACGCUCCCCACCUUGUCCUCAGAGCAGCCCCUCGCCCAGGUGCCUCGCCCCUCCGCCAGCCAGGCUGCCCGGCCCGACCCCACAACGGUGGCACCCGAGCGCGAGUACGACACCUGGCUGUACCUGCUGAAGAACAAGGGCGGUGGGCCGGAGCCGUGCACUGGCAGCAAGGCCCACAAGGACGACAAGACGCGCCUGGAGGAGCAGCAGACCACCAUCGAGGACCUGCGGCGCCUCAUCGACCGGCUGGUGGGCGAGAACGAAUGGCUCACCCACGAGAACGAACGCCUGCGUGCUGAGAACGCCCGCCUGCGCAAGGAGCCCGAAGCCGACGCCGACUUUGUGGAGCGCUCGGAGCUAUGGGUGCUGCCGCGCGCAGCCGAGGAGCGCAAGGCCAAGGACAUUCCCAUCCCGCACCUCCCACCUCUGGAGAUGCCGCCUCAGGAGAUCUCCCUGGAGGACCUGCCCGCCCUCGAGCUGCCCGAGGACAUCCUGCAGGAGCUGGACGGAGAGAAGCUGUGAGCGGACGCCUGCCUGUGUGCGGAGUGGGGAUUGGCGCCAAGGUGUUGGCCUGUUCCUGACUGUGGCUGCGCAGCGAUAAGGACUGGCUCUUAGCCGCUGAAAGCUCGUGUUUUGCUAACGUUUCUGAUCCUCUUUAAUGAAGCCCCAACUAGGUACUGCAGCUAUUUGAUAUAAAAGAAAUAUAAAACAGAACGCAUUUUGCAGGACUCGUGCCUUUUUUGGAAUAUUUUGAUUGUAUUAAGUCCUACAUGUUGAACUGACGUGAGAAGAAUGUUUGUUUGUUGUGACUGACGGGCUCUGGGAGCACGUGAUUGAGUCUGAGAAAACAUCAGAGUAUGACCUUAGUCAGGACAUGGGCCCUACCGCACACACACACACACAGGGACGGUGAGCACUGUGAAUUUCAUCUACAUGGUGUGUGUGUGUGUGUGUGUGUGUGACUGUGAUCAGGCAUGUGUUUGUGUGGCUACCAGACUUGUCAUGAGAUUUUCUGUUCUGAAUGUGCGUGUGGGAAUGUUUUUGGAAUGUUGUGGAAAACCAUGAGCACGCUGCUUCGUUGUUUCUGAUGGCGUCCUGUCUUUUCCACUGUUGACGUACUCACUGGUUGGCUUCCCAAUCCACUGCUUAUCGCGUGUCCUGUGGAGGUCUUGAACUUUGCUGUUGUUUGCGUAGCUGGAAGGCCUCCGUCCAACCUCCCCCCUCAGUACAGAGCCCGCUAGCACCAACUACGGCCCUCUGGUUUCAUCUCAUUAGAAAAUCUCCAGGACACACUAAAGUGUGUCAGCAUGCUCGUGUUAGUGCUUUGUGGUCCUGCAUAAUCCCACAGAAGGAACCUGUCACCAAACAAGCCAGCAAUAACACACCACCCUGUCUGAUUACGCACAGGAUGGCGAUCGUACAACCACAGGCGUCGGGACACAUUUUUGUUUGUUUCUUGUAUUUGCAAGAUGAUUGUGUGGCAUCGUAGAGUUUUGUGAACAGGAGUAACUGACUCAAAGGAAGGACCUGAAGCCUUUCAUGAAUGUUCAAGCCAGGAUCUUUGUAAACUAUCUCAAACAUAACGUCAUUUUGUUGUUAUGUUGUUCUUUUCCUGAGGCCUAAUUCGUACUGUAAUCAAUCAACAGUUGAUUGUUUGUUUUGAUCACACAGUUAAUAUUUUUCAGGUAACUGUGAUUUUUACUUUGAAUAUGCAGGAUGGUUGAGUCCACACAAUCAUACAGUACAUCACAGUGUCAGGUUCAGCCAGUCCAGUGUCACACUAUUCAGGAGUAAAGGAAUUCCUUCCAUAUGUGAGGGAAGACGAGAGCUUUUUAUUGAUGGCGCAGAGCAGCUGUGAACCGGCACACUGGAUUUGUGUCAUGAAGAGGGAACCAAUUCCACAUUUUUUUAAUUUAAUGUUUAGAUUUAAUUGUUGGUUUACAGCAGUGAUCAGGUGCAUCGAAAUUCUCUUCCACUUUUGUUUCCGUGCAAUGUAAAAAAUGUUCAGAAAUCAUAUGAUAAAAGUAACUUUUUGUUCAUGCAUGAAUGGCAAUUGUAGCUGUAAGUAUAAUAUUGUUAAGAUAUUAAAAAUGAGGACUAUGCUA